ACAGAAUCUCAGAACAGCUAAAACAUUUGCCCAAAUAACUCCCACUGUAGGUCUCAGUGCGCCCCGCCCCCCCUCCUCAAAGGACGCGCUGACAGCUGGACACCAGAAGCAGGUUUUUGUGCCCUGGUGAAAAGUGCCUGCCGAAAGGGUCAGUCAUCACCCUGCCCGCAGGCAAGGUCCUCCUGCUCUCGCUGCCAUUUGCAACCCAUAGUGUGUACACACAGUGGGCGAGUAAAGUGAAACUCAGUGCCUGAUGCCAAGCUGAGUCCUGAGAUGGGAAACCGGACCAUUUCCAGUCCACAGACAGGUUCUAAUGUCCCGAGUCACACAUCGUUUUGUUUCUAGUUUUGUUUUGAUUUGAACCAAUAUUUUAAGAACUGAAACGUUUUCCGCAAAACUGGAUUUGUGCCAUCUCUUAAAACUCUAAAAAUCUGCUACUGGACCCACAUUUCCACAAGGCCGUAAUCUGUGGUGUCUGCCCCCUCUAGCAUGUGAAGGAUGCAUGAUUUGUACCAGGCCCUGGGCUAGCUGGGGAUACAGCAUUGAGCUGGACAGGGUGCCUAUCCACAAGGGGCUCAGGGUCUAGAGGACACGUGUGUAGUGAUUGCAAUUGGGCCAAAAGAGCUUCGCUUCCUCUGAGUUAAGGUUCAUAGGGCACUCACUUUGGUUUCAUCAAAUCCCCUUCGUUCAUUUGCAUAACAUGUACACAUUUAAAUGCAGGACUUUGAGCUUAAUUGUGUUCUCAAAAGUCUACUUCCAAUUGUUUCACUAAACUAGAUUGAUCUAUUCACUAAGAACCCAAAUCCUCCUUUAUUUCACAAGAAGACAAACCGUUACUAUCCUAUUAGCAAAGGAAAAAUGUGUACAUCAGUUGAAGUAGGUGUAAGAAAUAGUGUUCAGUCAGGCUCCUUCCAGAUCUGCGACUGGACUCAUUCCACCCUUCUCUGCGCUUCAUCAGCAACUUCGCAAGAGAGUGUGGAGCACCUCGUACAUCGAGGCUCACACAGGAACAGGAGGCAGAGGCAGGGUCGGCUGGAGCAGUGCCAGGUGGCCAUCUGAAGUCAGUGUUCUCACCUGUGCUUUGCUGACUGUCUUUAGGUUUCUCUCGUAACCCAGGUGUGCAAGCUCGUAAACCCCCAGGAGACUUGCUGGACCGUACGCCAGCGGUUGGUGGGGGCUGGGCUCAUGCUGUGCUCCCCAUCUCUGAUCUCCCUGUAGCAUUCCCUGGGACUGUGCCCAGCCUCACUUAAAGGGGCUCUGGAGACACGGUUCCCCCACUGCUCGGAGUUCAGCCUGCUCCCUCAGGGGACGAGAGCAGAUGAUCAGUCAGGGUUUUUGUUACAACCUUCCCGUUGUGUUUAAUACACUCAGCAAGCAUUGUGAGUGUAUUAAGACCUUUCUGUGCCAGGGUCUUUAUUUGGGACUCACAGAUAACCAAGGGCCUCCCCCUUAAAAUCAUAGCCCUCCGGCCCAGGCACUUUCUUCGAAAGUGAAAUGAAUGAUGCUGAGGGGCUAUCCCCGCUGCCUCUGGCUCCUCUUUGUAAGCCAGUAGAGAUUCACUAUGUAGAAAUGCCAGAAGGCCUUUGAAGAUAAAGACUUACCUGCCAAGACUUUUAAAAUUUUAAUUUCUUUGAAACAUCCCAGAGCCAUAAGCUCAGUAUCUGAUAUUAGAUGGAUUUUUACGACCCUAACACCUUUGCUUACUGAACCUAGAACUUGUGGGAACAAGGAUUAUGCUUUAAUUCAUUUCUGGAGUAUUUAUUUUGCAUGGUUCUUAUGUGCUCCAAAAAUGGCUGUUAAACUAAAUUAUAGUAAAAGAAGUUAGGUUUCUACCACUUUGUUCUUAGCUGCCCCCACUGCUGGGCCAGGCUGGUGUUCACGGAGGCCCAGUGAGCACACCGUGCCCAGUCCUCCUCGUGCCUGACCUGGGCGUUCAUUUAUUCCACAGACACCAGUGGACACCUGGUCCAUGACUGUGCAAGCUGAGGGUGCAGAAGGGAAUCGGGCGUGGUCCCCGCCCCCAGGGGCUCGUGGCCCAGAGAACAUGUGCAGUAAGGCUAGAGGAGCACCGCUUCCUCUGAGUUGAGGUUCAAAUCCUAGAUCCUAGUACCAGUCUUUGGAAGUGUUCUGGCCUCUUGGUGUGUUUCCUUGUGUAUAAAAUGGCGGUGAUGUCAGGCUCACGUUAGGGUCCAGCCAGUGCUGCAUGUCAAGCACAGAGCACAAGUGGUAGCUGCGAUGAUUACAGAUGCUGGGUGCUGAGGAUGCACAGACUGAGAGCCUAAGAAGGCUUUUCAGAGUGGCUUUGAGGUUGAGUAGAAGUUAUUCCAGAAGACAAGGUAGAAGUGUUUAAACCAUGGAAGCAGCAUAGAGACCCAGAGGCAAGAAGCAUCCAACUCCUGGGAGAAUGGCGAGGAGGUUAGCAGGGUUCUUGAAAACCCAAAGCAAGAAGUUGGGGCUUUAUCCUGUGGGCAGCGACGAGUCAGUGAAAGGUUUUAGGUAGGAAAAUGGGUGUGCUGUGCUUCAGUACAUUCUCUGAUGCCAUAGGAGGGGCCAGUAGUUCCCAGUGGGGAAGGCAGCUGUGAUUGCUUGUUUGCCCCACUCAGCCCAGCCCAGCCCAGCCCUGCCCAGCCCAGCUAAUCGUCAGGUCCCCUGUGCUUUCCUGGACCCUGUCCCGGGCCGACAGAAUUGGAAUCUGUUGCUGUUAAACUGUCCAGGUGACUCUGUGGUUGGUUGUGGACACUGCUGCAGUGAGGGUGCCAUGGGGAUCUUCGAGGAGGCCUAAGACAUCUUCACAGAAUGGGGCAUUUCCGGGGGGAGCUUUCCCAUGAACAGAAUAGAAACGGCCUUAGUUUUAAAGAAACAAAACACAAACUUUUCCCAGUUUUUCAGUAAUAGCCUUAUUAAUGAUGCUCUGUAGCUGCUAAUCUUCCUUUAUGUGUUGGAACAUUUGCCUGUGCCUGCUUCCCACUGCCACCUCUGCUGAACGACUGGAACGCACUGAGCCACGGGAUGCAGCCUUGCCCAUGAAAAGCUCCCCGUGUUGUGGAGAAGGACAGAAGAGGAAAGAAACUAACGGGUAUUGAGCACCUACUGAGUGCCAGGCCCAGGCCAGGUUCCCCACACCUCUAGCCAGUCUGUGCAGACUUGCUGCCUGCUGUGUCAUCGGGAACGCAAAGGCUGGGAAGAAGGCCCUUCCCAAAAUGGACUGGUGUUGCAGGGUGAGAAGCUGCCCCCCGACUUCAUGCCAAAGCUCGUGAAGAAUCUCCUAGGCGAGAUGCCGCUAUGGGUCUGCCAGAGUUGCCGAAGGAGCAUGGAGGAAGAUGAAAGGCAGACAGGUCCUGAGCACGCAGUGGCGAUCUCCUUGUCGCACACAUCCUGCAAGUCACAGUCUUGUGGGGGCGACUCGCAUUCCUCCUCAUCGUCCUCAUCCUCCUCGUCCUCCUCGUCGUCCUCGUCCUGCCAUGGGAACUCAGGGGACUGGGAUCCCAGCUCGUUCCUGUCAGCACAUAAGCUCUCGGGCCUAUGGAACUCCCCACACUCCAGCGGGGCUGUGCCGGGCAGCUCACUCGGGAGUCCUCCUUCCAUCCCCGGUGAGAUUUUCCCCAUCUCAGAGCACCGCCGGCACCCAGACCUCACCGCUCCACCUAAUAGCCCCACGGGCCACCACCCCCAGCCAGUGCCGCUGCUCGCCUCGCACCCUGGGUCCUUUGGCCCCCCACCCCACCCACACCUGUUGCCCACCACCCCCUCCGCACCGUCCCCUGCGCAGGCUUCAGAGUGCCCUGCUGCCACUGCCACCAUGCCACACUCCCCAGGGGCAUGUCAGAGCCCCCAUCUGCCUUCCACCAGCAUGCCGCUCCUGAAGAUGCCGCCUUCUUUCUCGGGGUGCAGCCACCCCUGCGGCGGGCACUGCGGCGGGCACUGUGGCGGACCUCUGCUCCCACCACCGAGCUCACAGCAGCUCCCUGGUGCUCACAGCAGAGACCCUGGGUGCAAGGGGCACAAGUUUACACACAGCGGCCUGGCCUGCCAGCUGCCCCAGCCCUGCGAGGCAGAUGAGGGGCUGGGUGAGGAAGAGGACAGCAGCUCGGAGCGCAGCUCCUGCACCUCGUCCUCCGCCCACCAGAGAGAUGGGAAGUUCUGUGACUGCUGCUACUGCGAGUUCUUCGGCCACAAUGCGCCACCCGCCGCCCCGACGAGUCGGAACUAUACCGAGAUCCGAGAGAAGCUCCGUUCAAGGCUGACCAGGCGGAAAGAGGAGCUGCCUCUGAAGGGGGGCGCCCUGGGCGGGAUCCCUGGGGAGCCCACCGUGGACCACCGAGAUGUGGAUGAGCUGCUGGAAUUCAUCAACCGCACGGAGCCCAAAGCCCCCAACAGCGCCAGGGCUGCCAAACGGGCCCGGCACAAGCUGAAAAAGAAGGAAAAGGAGAAGGCCCAGUUGGCAGCAGAAGCUCUAAAGCAGGUGAAUCGUGGUGUUUCUGGAAGCCGAGAGCUGGCGCCUGCCCGGGAGAAGCUUUUGGAGUGGCCUGACCAGGAGCUGGGUCGGGUCAACGGCUUCCUGAGCAGCCGCCUGCAGGAGAUCAAGAACACUGUCAAGGACUCCAUCCGUGCCAGCUUCAGUGUGUGUGAGCUCGGCAUGGACAGCAAUGGCUUCUCUAAGGAGGGGGCUGCUGAGGCAGAGACCCAAGGUCUAGCUCCCUCCAACCUCAAUGGCUCCACAGAGCACCGGCCUGACAUCAACCUUGACCUGUCCCCUUUGACUUUGGGCUCCCCUCAGAACCACACGUUACAAGCUCCAAGUGAGUCAGCUGCACCAUGGGCAGAAAUGAGAGGCCCCCAGCCACCAUGGACAGAGGUGCGGGGCCCCCCUCCUGGAAUCAUCCCCGAGAACGGGCUAGUGAGGAGACUCAGCACCGUGCCCAACCUGUCCCGGGUGAUAUGGGUCAGAACACCCAAGCCAGGCAACACCAGUUCUGAGGAGCCCAGCCCAAGGGAAGCUCCUAGUUGCAAGCAGGAUCUGCCCGAGCCUGUAGCCUCAAGUGUGAAGCUGCGGAAAGGCAAGAGACAAGGUGCCCAGGCCAAGAAGAGUGAGGCGAGUCCGGCCCCCCGGCCCUUGGCCAGCCCGGAGGCUGCCAGUGCUAAGGGCCGGACCUCUAGCCCCAAGCAGCCAAGCAAGGCCCUGGAGCCUCCCAAAGUGGGCAGCUGUGCUGAGGCCAUAGAGGGGAGCCAAGGAAGCCGGCCAGGACCAGGCUGGUCUGGCAGCCCCAAAGCCGACAAGGAAAAGGGCAGCUCCUGGCGAAACUGGCCAGGGGAGGCCAAGGCACGGCCUCCGCAACAAGAGUCUGUGCAGCCUCCAGGCCUGGCAAGGCCACAGAGCUUGCCGCAGGGCAAGGGCCGCAGCCGCCGCAGCCGCAGCAAGCAGGAGAAGUCAGCCUCCUCCUUGGACGACGUGUUCCUGCCCAAGGACAUGGAUGGGGUGGAGAUGGAUGAGACUGAUCGGGAGGUGGAGUACUUCAAGAGGUUCUGUUUGGAUUCUGCAAAGCAAACACGUCAGAAAGUGGCUGUGAACUGGACCAACUUCAGCCUCAAGAAAACCACUCCCAGUGCAGCUCAGUGAGCCCCUGCCGGGUCCGGGUCUGGCAUCUUCAUGGUGUCCCGAGAUGCCCACCUGCCGGCUGAAGGUCCACACUUUCCUCCUCCACAUCGCACCCACCUGCCCAAGACCCACUCUGCUCCUGCCAUCCUGGACCAACCAGAAGCUGAGUGGAUGCCGAGCGAGCCAGGCUGGGGCCCCUCAGGACCUCCACAGAGCCGCCUCCUGGUGCUACCCAGCCUCCACACUCAGAGCCCGGGGGCGGGGCUGGCCUGUGGGCAGGGACUGAUGGUACUGCUGGCCCAACACUGCUCUUUUUGUGUUUGUUUGUUUGGUUUUUUGUUUCUGUAUGUUUUAUUUUAUUUUUUUAAUUCUUUACUUUUGAUACUGUGAAGAUCUUUCCUGCCGAAAGAUAAAGAUAAAGCAACAUUUGGACACA